CUCCCUUUCUGGAACUUGCCCGAGCAUGUUGUUCACGUACUUUUGUUACAGAUGCUGCUAGAAGCAUACAGCAGAAAACAACAAAAACAUCUGGAAAGGUGAGAGUUUAGGUCCCUCAGCAAAAUGUCCAACAGUCUUCAGUUUCAGACGUUUGUUUUUAUAGACACAGAAGCCACAGGCACUGGGGAAGACCGCCCUAAAAUCAUGGAAAUUUGCUUGAUAGCUGUACAUCGCUACUCUGUUGUGAAUACCUUGCUGGACCAUAGAAGACUGCCUCAAAUGCCACGAAUAGUGGAUAAGCUUUGCCUCUGUAUGAAUCCCAAGAAGCUGGUUUCACAGCGAGCAGUGGAGCUCACAGGCCUCAGCAAUGAGAACAUGACAGAAAACCAAAAGCAAGGCUUUGACGAUACAACAGUGACAUUGCUUAAUGCAUUUUUGAAGAAACAGACCCCUCCAAUUUGCUUGGUGGCUCACUUUGGACUGAAAUAUGACUUUCCACUUCUAAAAACUGAACUUCUGCGGCUUAAUGCAGACCUUGCAGGUACCAUAUAUUGCCUAGAUACAUACCAGGCACUGAAGGAAAUCUAUGAAAAGUGUGGUCCAAAGCCCAAAAGAAAAGGCCAAUAUAAACUUAGUGAACUCUACAGGCACUAUUUCAAAGAAUACCCUGCAGUUACACAUGGUGCUGAAGCUGAUGUGGUAACACUUGCCUGUGUGUUCCUUUGUUGUUCCCAGCAGUUGUUAGAGUGGGCAUCACUCAAUAGUAGGAGCUGGGAGGAUAUUCGACCAAUGUAUAAACCCAGUCCUUCCAAGCCUGAGAUCUCCCAUGCUACUCCACAUUAUAUGAGGUCUAGCAAAACUCUAGUGUUUUCUUGAUCUUUGAUUUAUACAGUGGGUACUGUAAAUCUUUUUACUUAUCCAUAUUCUCAAGUUGAAUUUUCUUUUUUUUAAUUUAUUUUAAUUUCUUUCUCUUGUCCUAUAAAUCAAGAACAAGAUAACUGCUGAGAAAAAGUUAAAGAAAUCAGGAGUUUACCUUAAAUAUUGUUGUAAUGCUACCUCAGAAUUUGAAAUGACCAUGAGCAAUUUUUUAUUGGUUUUGUGUGUGUGUGUGUGUGUGUGUGUGUGUGUGUGUGUGUGUGUGUGUGUGUGUGUGUGUGUGUGUGCACUUGCGCGCCUAGUUAACGUUUUACACACAUCUGCACAUGUGCAUCAUGAUGCAUAUUUAUUUCUCUGUUAAUUUGUGUAUUUAUUAUGACAAUGGGCAACAAAGGAAGAAUAUGGAGAAGUAUCUGGGUAUGUGGUCAAGCUUGUCUUACAUCUCUGCUGAAAGAACUAAUGAAUUGAUUUGCUUAAAUGGGUUAUAUUGUUAUAUGUGGCGUCAGAUUUUCAGCCUUUUAUUUAUCUUCCAGAAGUACAUUGGAAGCAUUGCAUAAAUGCAGUGAAGUAUAAUACAGUGUGCAUUAAUUUACAAAGCUGUGAAGCUAGCUUGCUCCUGGGGUGUGUGUUUACUAUAGAACAAAGGAUGGAUGUCUGCUGUAAUAUUUUUCGUCCACACACAAAGAAGAGUAGUCUGUAUAUACCAUCUUUCAGCUCUGUUUUAAGAAAUAUUUCUUAUGUAUCAACCAUAAUGUUCAAGUUGUUUUUAACUUUAUUUUUAAAGUGGUUUACUAAUUUUGUAAAUACUAAUAUUAUAUGCCUGUAUGUAAUUUACAGCCACCUGCUCUCUUGAAACAUAAAAAAACAACUCGAACGUGAAACGAAACAUCUGUCUUUCAGUUGCCAUGGUACAAGAAUUGUAUUAUUAUUGUGAUUAUUGUUAUUAUAAUUUUUUGGCCCUGACCACUACUUUGACCAUCUAUUUUUUCGUCUAGCUAUCUCAUUGACCCAUUUGUUCUCUGAAGGGUGACAGCCCAUUCACUUCUGUGGGGUGAAACUCAAUCACUGGAUAAGUGGCAUCAUCUACAGUAAAUUUUGGGGAUUUCUUUUCUGUUAGUCUUAAUCUCAAAACCCCAUCCUCCAGAACAGUAAUGUGAGAAAUCAGCUGAACGGGUCAUAACCAUGAUCUUCAAGGCUAAAAACAUGGCCUCUAUGGGACCAGAUAACAUCCCAGGCUGCUUACUAAACCAUCUAAAACAGGACCUAGCAGAAUCACUUAGCAUCCUCUUUAGCCACAGCCUGAGCACUGGAUUCAUUCCAGCAGUGUGGAAAACAGCGGCAGUAAUUCUCUUGCACAAAGGGGGUCCAUCAACCAACCCAGGGAACUAUAGCCCCAUAAGCCUAACCAGCCUUAUCUGCGAUGCCAUGGAAAGAAUCAUCAUGGACCUUAUUAACAAAGACAGAGGAGACCUUAAACUCUUGACCUGAUGCAAUUUGGCUUUGUUAAGUGUAGAUCGUGCUUAUUAAACUUGGUGGACUUAUUCAAGAAUGUCACCAAAGUCCUGGAAAAAGGCAAAACAGUACAUACCACCUAUUUUGACUAAGCCAAGACCUUCAACACAGUCCCCAACUCAGGUAUCAUUGAGAAAUUCUCCCAUCUGGGGAUUAACCCUUAUUUCACUAGAUGGAGAGCUAACUGGCGCAUUGACAGAACACAUUCUGUCAAAGAUGGGGAUUUCACCUCUAGUAGUAGAUCAGUUACUAGUGAUGUACCACAAGGAUCUUUGCUGGGUCCUCUGCUGUUUGGAAUCUACUUCUUGGAAGCCCAGGUGAAAGUAGAAAGCAUGUGGCUUACCAAGUUUGCUUAUGAUUGCAAACUGGGUGCAAUCAUUGAGUCCCCUAAUGAUAUUAACAUAUUACAAAAGGGGCUAUCACAGGCAAACAACUGGUGCCAAAGCCAUGGACUAAAACUAAAUGCAAAAAAGUGCAUUAUUAUCCCCUUUGACAAAAGGGAAGUCUCUGCAAAUUACAAUGUAGGCAGUACCCCCUAAGCUCCAACCCAGUGGUGCAGGAUUUAGGAACACAGGUUGAUAGCAAUCUAAACUUCAAUAACCAUGUGUCCACAGUGGUAAGGAAAGCCUUCUAUGUUGCACAUCUCAUAAGUAAGGGCAUCACAUCCAGGACUAAGGAUGUUAUAACUCCUCUGUAGUAAACCCUCUUCAGACCACUCCCUUCUGUAUGUACCUCACCAGACACCUGCAACACCUGCAGCAGCUGGAGAGACCACAGAGGUUUUUCACCAAGAAAAUUCAGGCUCUUCAAAACAUAACCUAUGUGAAUAGACUGAAAGCCCUGUCACUGUACUCUGUAU